AUGGGGGCAGCUCUGGCCUCCCUGGCCUGUCGCGCCCCUCGGCGCCCGCUCAACUCCCUGGCCUGUCGCGCCGCUCGGCGCCCGCUCACCUCGCUGGCCUGUCACUCGGCGCGGCGGUCGGUCAGCACGUCGGCUGCGCCAAUUUACGAUGUCGCUGUCGUCGGUGGCGGGGCUGCUGGCCUCUCUAUCUGUGCUUUGCUGCGGAAGAAGGCACCGGAUCUGCGCAUUGGGCUAAUCGAGCCCUCGGGCACCCACUACUACCAGCCGGCUUGGACGCUGGUGGGAGGGCGCGCUUUCGACGCGGCCCAGACUCGGGCAGACAUGGCGAGCUUGAUUCCCGAGCAGGUCGAGUGGAUCCAAAAGGAAGCGCUCGAGUUUGUGCCGGAAAAGAACGAGCUCCGGCUGCGAGAGGAAGAGGGCAAGUCGAGCGCUCUUCGGUAUAAGCGACUCGUGGUGGCCCCCGGGCUGGAGCUCGACUGGGGCGCCAUCGAAGGGCUCGAGCCUACCCUCGGCCGGAAUGGCGUGACGUCAAACUACGACUUCAGCUCCUGUCAGUACACGGCGGAGCUGGUGGAGCAGCUGUCGGCGACUGCCGGAGGGCGACGGCCGCGCGCGAUCUUCACGCAGCCUCCGAUGCCAAUCAAGUGCGCCGGCGCGCCGCAAAAGGCGCUCUACCUGUCUGCGCACGCCUGGGAGAGCGCCGGCGCGGCGGUCGACCUGACCUUCUGCUCGGCUGGGCCGGCGCUCUUUGGCGUCAAGGAGUUUGUGCCGACGCUGCAGGGCUACAUGGACCGGUACGGCGCCACCGAGUGCUAUGGCCACACCCUCGUGGCGGUGGAUGGGCAAGCGAGGCGCGCGAAGUUCCAGACCGCCGACGGCCAGCUCGAGUUCGAGAUGCUGCACGUGGUGCCUCCGAUGCGUGCGCCGCGGUGCGUGCGCGAAUCGCCGCUGGCCGACGCCACGGGGUUCGUCGCCGUCGAGCACGACACGCUGCGCCACGUCGACUUUGAAAACGUCUUUGCCGCCGGCGAUUGCGUCUCCGCGCCGAACGCCAAAACCAUGGCCGCUGCGCGCAAGCAGGCGCCGGUCGUCGUGCACAACUUGCUGCAGGACCUGGCGCCGGCGGCGGCCAGGCCGACAGAGGCGGUCUACGACGGGUACGGCGCUUGCCCGCUGACGGUCGAGAAGGGCAAGGUUGUUCUGGCCGAGUUUGGGUGGGGGGGGCAGCUGAUGCCCAGCUUCCCGGGCUGGCUGAUCAAGAACACCGCGCCGUCCCGGCUCGCGUGGGCGUUCAAGCGGCACGCGCUGCCGUGGUUUUACUGGCACAUCAUGCUGCCCGGCCGCAGCUGGUGCGACCCGAUGUCCUGGCCGAGUGUCCGCGAGAAGGGCGAGAGGUGA